GGGUGAGGGCUGGAGAUGAGCGGCGAGCUGCUCACGCUAGACUGCCUCGUCCAUGUCUUCUCCUACCUGGAGGCACCGGAUCUGCUCCGCGCCGCGCGGGUGAACCAGGCAUGGAACGAAGCCGCAGGCACAACUUCCCUAUGGAGAAGGAUGUGCCUAGAUCAUUGGACCUUUUGCAAUAUUUCCAACCUGACUCCAGGUAUGCAGACAUGGAAACAGUACUAUCUCCACCGCUCCAAACUUGAGCAUGAAAUGGCAUCAGGUCGGCCAUCAGCUGAUUAUAUAUGUCGGUCCAUGAGAGGGCAUAAAGGUAAAAUAGUUGGUAUGGCUUAUCUCUCAGACAACGAGCACGUGUUUGGUGGUGGAAAGCUGAGGUCUGUGGUUUGCACUGCGUCUACUGAUGGCACUAUCCGAGCAUGGCAGGUCCAAGAGGGUACACAGAUAUGGUCAAGUCCCUCCCAGGAAGUGCCAUUUGUAAAGGUUAUUACUGUCCCAGAGUACAAACUAGCAAUCAGCACAGACACCCGUGGAACCAUCAAAGUCUGGCAUGGAGAAAGUGGGGAAGAGCUUGCUGCAUUCUCCACAUCAUCAUCCUCGUCCAGUUUGGUUGCCUACUCAGUGAACGACAAGCCCUUCCUAACUGCAGCCACUGCAGGAGGUGCUAUCUAUACGCUAGAAGUUCCUAAUCUAAAUCAGGUUUCAUGUAUUACAGCAUUUCAAAACUCUAGCAUUGAUUUAUUACUUUGUUCACCAGACGAGCAAUGGCUAGUUGUUGGAUCUACUGAGAAUGCAGAUACAUCUCCAAAGAUAUUUUAUACAGAUUGCUUGAUUAACCCGGCAGAUGAAUCACCUGUAUCUAGUUCGCUACCUGUCAACAAUUGUGCUGUAGUCUGCUGGUUACCAAAAGCACCAGCAAGAAUAGCAGUAGUGCACCAAGAUCGCAUGCCAGUUCAAAGGAACAUCACAGUGUUUGAUCUAGCUCUCAAAAAGUCUAAAUAUAAAAUGGAAGUUCUAGCUCAACAGGUUGCAAGUUUCACACUACCAGGAGGAACGUGGACCACAGAAAUUCUCAUGAAAGGACAUGGAACAGAAACAAUUCUUUUAGGAUGUGGAGCAAACUUGGAACUAUAUUCAAUUUUUGGGACUCAAGUAGAAGCUUUCCAGCAUCACAACAAUGCAAUCACUUCAAUAUGGGUGGAUGCUUUUCGUGUUGUCACAUCAUCUUUGGAUCUCUCACUCCGUGUGUACACAUGGAAAAAAGUAAACAAAAUUUCUUCACUGACAAGUCGCUAUUAUUUACUAGGGGGAACUCACAGAUGGUCAAGGGGCUUUACGGAUGUGGCAUGUGACAACAUCAGCAUCGUAGGUGUGGUGGCUGAAAGUGAUGAAACAAGUAUUUUAAGAGCAUAUUCCUUUAACCUGUAAACAGAGAAAUAUUUAAUGCUCCUUCAUCAUUUUAGCUGUAGUCUUGGGUGUGGUUUCGCAAAGCUUUCUUCUGUUAAGUACAGGGCACUAUGUAGGGAAAACAUAAGGUACUGCUAGUUCACCAUAAAGCCUUUAAGUAUGAACAAAGAGCUGUUCCCUUGGAGCAAUAUGCAGUGAUAAGCUUUGUGAACACUCCCAUUUUAAUAGAAGAGAUGCAGAUGAGCACCAUGAAGCUAGGUCCCCUCAAUCAAAAACCAUCAGUUGUGGGGGUGAAGUAAGUCUGUAGUAGACAUAAAAAUGCUACCACUCCCUCGAAUAUAAACUUCAGUAUAUCAACCAUAAUGUUUACUAGAGGUCAUACCUAAGCUAUACUUUAUCUAGUCCAAUUAUGAAAUAAAAAUAUUCCUUUAAAAACACACUAAUUUCAGUAAUGCCACCACUCUUUAUAUUAUAGCCUUUAGAAUGCAGUACCUCAAUAAGUAAACCUCACUUUCCAUUAUGAAAAUUUGGGUGCUCUUACCCUAAAUAAAGAGUCAUACAACAGUUUAAAAUUUAUUGGAUCUGCAACCAAGUACAAUUAGUCACAUGGAAAAUACUCAAUACAUACGUAAAUUAAAAUACAAGGAGGAAACAAUUCUUGAACCUGGUUCUGUCAAUAUAGUGUGGUUCAGUGCAACAUCUCCUGGCACGGUGUUUUAUCCAGAAGAUGGAUGAUAUGCUGU